AUGCCUUCUUUCCGCGCCGGCGUGCUGACCAUCUCGGACACCGCCGCGGCGGAUGCCACUGCCGACCGAUCGGGCAGCAUGCUCCAAGAGCAUCUGACCACAGCUGGAUACCAAGUCGUGCGCAGCGUGUGCGCGGACGACGUCGCUCAGAUCCAGCAGCACGUUCGGCGCUUUGCCGACACCGAAGCUCUCGAUCUGGUGAUUACCACGGGCGGCACUGGCUUCGGACGUCGAGACAACACACCCGAGGCGCUCGAGCCGCUCAUCACGCGCAAGACGCCCGCGCUCACGCAUGCACUCACCGCGCACUCGCUCGCAAAGACGCCGCUCGCUGCGCUCUCCCGCGGUGUCACGGGCAUCAGGAGGGCCGACAGCGGCAAGGAGACGCUUCUUGUCGCACUGCCUGGAUCGCCCAAGGCAGUCAACGAGUGCAUAGAGCUCUUGCUCGCCAACGGGUUAUUGCAGCACGCGCUCGAGUUGCUCAGCGGCGGAUCGGGCGAAACCAAGCACAAACAAAUGCAGGGAAGCAUGCAUCGAAACGCCGAUACCGCCACUGAUACCGGCCAUGCGCACUCCCACCACCACCAUCAUCAUCAUCAUCAUCAUUGCGGGGGAGGCGGAGGUCUCCACAGCCACUCCGCGCCCAAACCACGGACGACUUCGGCCGACCAUGCGGAGUUCCGCACCGUCGACCCUUCAUCUGGUCCUUCGCUUCGACAUCGCAUCUCACCGUACCCGCUGCUCGAACUCGACGACGCGCUAUCGCUCAUCGCUCAGCACACGCCGGGCGCACCAGCCACCGAGACGAUCGGCGUGAGCCCAGCGCUCAUCGGUCAUGUUCUGGCAGAAGAUGUCUCGGCAGCCUCGGACCUGCCGCCUGGUCCAACCACUAAUGUCGAUGGCUACGCUGUCCCCGCCUCCUCCACCCCACCGGGCGACUACAGGGUGGUCACGCUAAAGACGCUGCAGCAGCGCGCGCUGGCAGACGGCGAGAUCUUCCGCAUCAACACGGGGCAGGGCCUUCCUGCCGGCACCGACGCUGUAGUUAUGGUUGAAGACACGGAGCUGCUCGAGUCUUCCGACGGCGAAGAGGUGCGCGUCCGGGUGCUUGCCCAGGUAGACGUGGGUGAGAACGUCCGCCCACGCGCCUCGGACGUUUCCGCAGGCCAAGUAGUGCUACCGCGGGGAACGACGAUCAGCGCGCUUGGCGGCGAGAUCGGUACACUCGCCUUCCUUGGCCGCUCCUCGGCGCUGGUAUACCGCAAGCCACGAAUCGCCAUCCUCAGCACGGGCAACGAGCUGGUCGACACCAGCUCUGCUCCCUCCUCGUCUACGUGGGGAUUCAACGUGUACGACGCCAAUCGACCCGGGCUGCACGCCGCCAUUGCCGGUCUUGGAUUCGAGGUGGUGGAUCUUGGCAUUGUGACCGACGAUGUCCCCACCACGCUGGCUGCGCUUCGAAAAGGCAUCGAGUGCGCAGACGUGAUCGUGACCACGGGGGGCACGAGCAUGGGCGAGUCGGACCUGCUCAAGCCGCUCAUCGAACGCGAGCUGCACGGCCACAUUGUAUUCGGCCGUGUCGCCAUGAAGCCCGGCAAGCCGACUACGUUCGCCACGCUUCCGGGGGACAAGAUGAUCUUUGCGCUGCCGGGCAAUCCGGCUUCCGCACUCGUGACGUUCUACGUGUUUGUGCUGCCCGCUCUGCGCAAGCUUUCGGGUACACUGCCCACCAGCUCGGGCGCGAAUGCGUGGAGUUUGCCACAGGUGGAUGUGGUGUUGGGCAGCGAGAUGCGGCUCGAUUCGCGCGCCGAGUUCCACCGCGCCUCGGUACGCACCGGCACCAACGGUCUGGUCGCCACAAGCACGGGAAACCAACGCUCCUCAGGGAUGCACAGCAUGUCAACAGCCAACGCCCUCAUCGCGCUUCCUCCGCUUGCGCCCAAUGCAACCGUUCGCUCGCUGCCCGCCGGCUCGCGGGCUAAAGCCAUGAUCCUAGGCUCCAUCCUCUGA